GGCUAGUCCUGCGGCUUUCGUGGGGACUGUUCCACCCCGCCGCGCUCCCCGGGGCUCCCGGAAAGGAAGGCCGGCAAUUACUGUUCCCCGCAUACUGUCCCGAGUAGCACUCUGCAACGGCGCGUAGCUGCGCCGCGCGUUCCGCAUCGCCAUGCCAAUGGGGCACGGACAUCCACCAAACUGGUGCGCCCGCACACCGCGCCUUUUUCUCUUCUUGGCUGCCGGCGCCGCCGCCGCGGGUUUUUUCCGCAGUGCGCCGGCCGCGGCAUCCUACGACCCUUUGCCGGCCCCGCCCACGAUCCGCAUCAUUGGCGGCCCGCACGGUGGCGAGCUCUGCUACCCGCCGCCACCCGCGUGCCGGCCUAACGUCGGCGCCGCGGCGCUUUUCCCCCCGCCGCAGGCAAGCACCACCGCAAGGAACGUGGCACGCCCCCCGGAGCAGGGUAGAGGACGGAGCCGCGCCGCGCCGCCUGGCGCAGUGCUUGCUCUCGAGGCCGGAGUGGCAUUGUUUCUGGUGGUCACGGUUUUCUACGUCCCCUGGAACGAAUACGUCCUGGACCACCCCGCGGCACCCCCGUGGCCGCCGCCACCGGACGUCAAUUCCUGUCCGGCCGCCUGCUCGCAAUUUUCCGAUGAUGUCGAGAAUGCCUAUGAUUCGCGCUCCUGCCUGCUGCCCGAGCACCACCUUUUUGACGUCUCGCCGGAGGUGCAGAACGCGGCCUGCAUGCGUCGCGGCGAUCUUCGGAUGCCACAGGAGAAUACUCCCCGGGAGGAGCUCUAUCAAAAAGAACCUUCCUGCUCCGACGCGGCGACGCUCUUCCGCGACAGCAGUAGCAUGCCUGCCUCUGCGUUCGUCGCUCCGCCGGUGGUGCAGCAGGAGGACCACAGUAUAGAAAUCGAGCGGCGCGCCUCAGUAUCUUGCAAUCGCGACUUGCGAGCCGUCUGGAGCUGGGGCUUGCAGUUCACGCUCGGACGGGAAUUACAGAAGAAGAAGCCGCGCGGGGGACAACAAGAAGGUGGUCCACUACCGUUGCAAGAAACGAUCGCAGUUCCGGACCGGUUGCCCGCCGCUGCCGUACAAAAGGCCAUUGUCGAGGCCUACACCAUGACGCACACGCAGAUGGGCGACGACGUGUGUUUUGGUGGUUUCAACACUGCGGAACGCCUGCACCUGCGCGGGACGGAAGUCGAACAGGAGAAUAUCGUCGCCAGGCUUCAGGGGACUGUAUGGGAGAGGGAAUAAACGUGCAGCGUCUGUAAAAGUUGCUAUGAAAUAACCGCCGGCAAUAUGCCGAGUUGGCUUCUUCUACCGGGCACCGCGCGGGUUAGAAGUCUGUCGCAGAAAUACUUCGGCCUGCGUGAUACCUUGGGUCCCCGUGCUGCCCAUGUGAGCGCGUUGGGCCGCUCACUUGUUUAGCCAUGCUGUUCUAGUAUCAAACCGGCACGCGCAUCUACACACUACCUGUGCUACGCAGGACUUCAAACUUUGGCGCGACGCUUUUCCCCAUUUUCAUACCGCGACUGCGGACCUGUGCUCUACGAGGAAAUCGGCCGUGCAAUGACAAAACUUCCUGCCCCUCCGCCCGGAGUAGGAAGCGCAGACGCAGACGGCCAGCACGCCGGAAAGAAACGACCACGCGCCCAGAACCUCGGCGUCGUCAUCUACACGCUCCGCGAGAUGCUGCGCCAGCGCAACGCGGAUGCGUCCGUUUUACUGCAGAAAAGCACCAAGCGCGCAUGGGACAAGAACCUGCACUGGGUGGACGCACUGCUCGGAAGCAAGAACGGUUUCUGGCAAAGAGCGGAAGUGGUCUCGUCUGUUGUUGGCGCCGAAAGAACUACUGCUUCGACGCGAGGACCCUCUAGUACUUCUGGAGGUACAACAAGGUGGGGAAAAAUAUCGGCGCCGGGCAGCGCCGGUUUUUCUUCCACCGCAAAACGAAAUUUCUACGUGCUGUGCCGUGGUAUGUUUAUCGGCGACGAUGACCCGGUCUCCUACUUGCGCCGCAACUUCUUCGAGUGGCAGUCGGACACGAAACGAAUCACGAGGGCGCUUUAUCCGGAUUAAAAAUGUCCCCACACCAGAGUCAAGAUGGAAAAUCUGCUAGACAAAUCCACCAGCUUCGGUCGUUUGGCAUGAUGGGAUCCUGUUUAGCUAGUUCAGAAGCAUCACAGAUGUAGCAUAGCAUUCUGAUUCCAGCAUCACAAAUUCCAAAACAAUGUCGGUGCGGUUGUUUUAGCAUCACAAAUUCCAAAACACGAGUAGAAAACGCUUCUCGUAGGGCUCCGGCGCAUGAGAAACUUUCUUAGCAUGCAGAAUUGCAUGACAACUAUGGGACCCACCUUCCCUGCGUGACAGCCAUCUGCGGCCGUUUGCACAGGGGGAGGCAAAGUGUGUCGCACUUCUGUUUAGCAUGACAACUAUGGGACGGCGCGGGGACGUUUUUACACGGGAUACGCUCUUCGCCCGAGACGUGCCGCGAGUGCAGUUCCAGCUGGAGGAUUUUUGGUCGACGACGGUCUCGCGCACGGUGGCGGAAGGUGUAUUCGCGCGCGCGGGUUUGGCGGAUGUGCUGCGGCCGGGGCUGUCGGUCCUGUGGAAAAUUCUGGUCCCAACGGGGGAGGAUGCGGAAUUUGUGCUGCAGUAUCCGAACGCUAUCGGGGAAAAUGAUUUUUACCGGCCCGCCGCGAUCCCGGACCGAAUUGGGUCCACGGACAACGAGGGCGAAAUUCUGUGGCCGGACCGCUCGGUAUCGACCGGGGAGGGGGGAAAUUUUUUGUCAUGCGAUCAGGGAUUGCGAAUGUGGCCAGGCAGGACAAAUAACGAUAUGCAUAGAUGUGGGAGGAGGUGUACUUAUCUCUGCGACCUAGUGUUUGUGGCGGUAUGAGCAUGUGAAAGCGGUUGUACGCGGUCCGGUAUGCUAUAAUUGUACACACGAGCGGCAAUCGAAGGAACAGCUUGGAGUUGCUGCGAACAGCUUUGAUUACUUGAUGAAGGAUUCCACUUCAUAAUUAAUUCUGGCUUCGAAUGACAAAAAUUUUCCCAAUGGAUGCAAAAUCUUCGAGGUGGUCGAGGUGAGGCAUUUAUGAUCAGGAAAAAGUGUAGACUUUCGUUUUCCCUAUUGUUCAUCUGUUCAGAGUUUGUGAUGUAUUUUCAUGUAUGCAGUGCAGCGUAUGGGCAGCGCGACAAUCUAUCAUCACAGAAUGUUACAACUAGGUAACCAGCACCACAAGUCGAAGAGAUGAAUUACGGGGAAAACAAAGGUUACUCCUUCACAACAGCGAAGGUACCACUUUUGGGAGGUGACAAUCUUGCUAAAGAAGCUGCCGCGGGCUGGAGAGUGAGAACCAGCAGUGCUAUCAAUCGCAGUUCGUCUGCUCUUUCGAGGAACAUCGCGAUCUUUUUGUUUUUUGGAAAUGAAAAUCACAUUACUGCUACUUGAGAAUAUAGCAUGGGACGACGCCGUCCAUGUAGCAAGUUAAUUUUUGGUUUACGGCACAGCCGGUCGGCAAAAAAUGUAAACUGUCGCACAGGCUCGUAAAAAUUACUUUGCAUGUAGCCGGGACGAGUCUGUCUGUUAUUAAUCAUGUGGAGCAUUGCUCCACGACGAUACCUUCAUCCGAAAUGUACACCGAGGUUGUCUUAUCCAGAAAGCCAUCUGAAUUUUGAAAGCAUAAGUUGCAAACCGAGUGAGGCAAGAACAAGCCUCGAUUUAC